AUGUCUUGGUGGAGCUCAUCUUGGCUGCCCUCACUUCCGUCUAUCGACUUCUCGUUGCCAACGGGAAUCCAACGGCGGUUUAUUUCGUUUGCUUUAAGACGCACUCUUGGACGCUUUCUUAGACCUGGACAACUUGAUAUACCUCAGAUCGACACCCAGAUUGGGUCAGGGUAUGUACAAGUCAGAGACCUGGAGCUGGACAAUGAUGCGGUCAAUGCUCUUCUCCAUGGUCUACCGCUUCGACUCCACGAUGGGUCCGUCGGGAAAGUUACAGCCCGCAUCCCAUGGCCGAAUCCCCUCACCUCCACCAUCGGCCUUUCUUUGGAAUCACUUCAUUUGACCUUCAGUCUCAUAACUGAACCGUCAGAUGCGCGAGAGCCUAUUGAUAUCAAUCUAGAGGACUCAGUAACAUCUCUUGCGGAGUCAUUCGUGAACGAGGAGCUUGCCUCUGGAGAAGAAGCCUCCCUCCGCGAGUCCCUCCAUCCUGACCCGUCUGGAUCUCAUGUUGAGGACAAUAUCCCUGGAGGUCUUGAUCCUUUUGUGUCUGACGAGGACAUCAAUUCUUUUGAAACGGAGCCGCAGGGCGUGUCGCUCUUUGCUACGCUCAUUGAACGCUUGCUUGCACGCUUCGCAUUCGAUGCCACUGACAUUAAGAUCACCAUAGUGCACUCCCAGCACGCCAGCAUCACUCUAGUGGUUCCGAAUAUUCAAUAUGGUACUGAUGCGAAGGUCGAGGCCCCUGCAGCUAGCGUCGGUAACACUGCAGGUGAAGUGCGAACUGUAACCAUGUCUGGAUUCCACGUUACUACACGCUGCCUGAUCCCUUCCAGCCCAGCGGUACAAACACCUUCCGCUCCCACUCAUACAUCUCAGCCAACCCCCUCGUCACAGUGGAUGACAUCGUCGCAGUUGACUGCGUCACCACUUGAUGAUCGGUCCCCUCCCUCUCCCUACUCUGACUCCUCGGACCUUGAUGAGGAAACGCAGAUGCUAAUGUCACAAUCAAUCGCUGUUCUCCCCCCUCCACGGCCUGCGUCUCCUACUAGCUCUGUUGCGAGCAGCAUGUACCAGAGCGCAAUAUCUGGCAACUCGGCUUCGCGGUACGAGCAGCCGGUUCCUACAAUCCUGGAAGUUAUUUCAGACGCUCCCGCUACGUCCGCAGGAGAUCAAGGAAACACCAGUGAGGUUAAGGCGACAGCCCAGAUUCCGACAAGACUAGGGAUAUGCACGGACGAUAUCGAGGACGAGACAAUCAUCUCACAUACUUCUGAGCCAAUUGUGCUCCAGCUCUCAACGCCCUCACGGCAUGCCAAUGAAGAGAAGCUGAGGAUCAGCGUGCGUGUUGGUGUGAUCGCAUGCGCCUUGAGAGCUCGGCACAUUCGAAGCAUUCUGGAUAUUGCACAAAUAUGGAGUUCCCACCAUCCGUCUGCGGCCUCGCAGCGCAGUCCGAGCACUUUGCAACAAGGACCUUCCUCUCUCUUUGACAGUCUCGAGGCGGAUCUCCGCAUACGUGGUGCAGUUUUGUUGCUGCUGCCGGCAUCCUUACGGGAGAGAAGGCUUGCGGACGACAGGGCACGACUUGCAGAGUUCUUCAGUCAUCCUGUGGUGCCACCCAAGCUGCCAUACGGAUUCGUACGCGUUCACAUUGACGAACUGCGCAUGUCCACUGCCUCUCACUCCUCAGGCGCGACGUCCGUGACAGUCACACUCUCCGAAUUAUCUGUUUUUGCAUUCACAGCUUCUACUGAAUCCGCCAUCCCUGGAGGGGGUGCAGAUGUCGUUGAUCUACACGCAUCUCCGAUUCUCAUUACGGACCCUCAUUUACCCUCACAAUAUCCUUCACAACACAUCCAUCCGAGCACGGAACCGGCGACCACACACCACUCUUCUUUACCCACUUUCGAUGUUAUUGACUGGACAGUGCUGGCGCGGCAGAGUAAUACUGCCAAGCUGUCGCUGUGGCGGACUCGAGCUCCGCAAUACUCAUCCCGGCAUGUCUCGUCCUCCGUAUCGCAUACCAGUGGCCAUUCACCGCCGGUGAUACCUGCAGAUGAAGGGAAAGCUACAGUGGAGAUCGACUUCGCUCCGCUGCACGCCUUCGUGGACUCGGGCCUCAUUCUUGCUCGGUAUGCUCAUAAUGAUCGCAGUGAAACUCUGGCCUUUAUUGAUGAGAUCACGGAGUCAUCGGGUGCUGGCCCAGAGACUCAGCCUCACAAAGAGGAAUCGGAAGGGGGUGCGGAUUCCGAAGAGGAGGACGAUACGCCGCCUGGCACUCCUCGUGCUGCGGUGGCGGGUUUCGAUGUCCGGGAGUUCCAGAAAGAGCAGGAACGAGAGCGGCGCAGGCUCGAACGGCUAAGAAGGUCGAAAGUCAGCAUCAUGGUCAAAUUCCCCAUGGUUCGCGUACAGUUACGCUGUCCGCCACCCUCCUCUCAACUCCCACGAUCUGGGGCCAUGAUCGUCGACGUGCACGACAUUAGGCUUUCUCCGGGUGGAUCUCUCGAUCAAACUAGAGUACCCUCUGCCCGAUUUGCCGGGGAUAACUUUUACUCCGCUACUGGAUAUAGUGGAGGACGCGGCGUACAACAGACCCUGCUUUCAGCGGACUGGAGCCGUAUUGUGCUUGCAUACGCUCCCGUCGGAGAAGGCAAAGCUUCAGGAAUUUUCUCGUCGUCAAACAUACGGGAUAUGGAAGCGCCGUCGCGACCUCAAUUGCUCAUUAUGAAGAAGGCCUCUGAUGUUCCAUCUUUGGUUCUAACCCUGGACAUUCCUUCAGUCUACAUAGAGCUCACCAAGCCGAUCUUGGAUGGCCUGCAGCUAUGGGGUGACGACCUUGCACAAUUAAUGGCAGAUGCUCUAAGCGACUCAGUGAUAUUAGACUCAGACACGGAGAGAAUGGCCAGCAGGGAUCCGAGCCUUAUUGGUAGCCGUUACUUCGCGCGACGAGCGGGCAGUCAGGCAAGCGGGACCGAGAGCGCUGUUGAGAGUAUAUCAAGUAGUAAGCUGUCGAAGUCAAGCAACGAGACUGCUGUGAAGCUUGCGGUGACCAGAGUUGUGCUCAGACUUCUUCUGCCGCGACAAGCUGAAGGCCCUAAGGCCUUCCGACCAUUUUACGUCUCGGCCUCUGACGUAGACGUGCUCGUCGAACUCAAACCAGAAGGAAGGGACGAAACGGUAGUAACGUUGGGCGUCAUGGAUGUCACUGUCAAGGAAGUAGCAACAUCCGGAGCAACCACCAUUCUACUCAGUCGUACACCGGUAUUCAACUUACUAUCUACAUCCCGCGUGGCUUUGAAGCUACGGUUCACCUCUCUCAUUGUCCCAGAGACCACGGCCAAGGAGUCCAGAUUAAGGCUCACAUUGUGUGGAAUCACUCACAAUCUCUAUCCCGACUUGGAAUGGACGGCUGACCUUGGCAGAUUCGUGAAGGCACCUCCAGGCGCCUUCGAGUCCGUCGUGCCCAGCGAGCGAACCAAAGUCGCAGUCACCAUCAUCGACAGCUCCCUACGUUUACUAUCACCUUCGCACCCUGGCGCUCUAGUUGCACACAUAGGCGAAAUGGAUUUCUCGACAACGCUUGUAGGCAAUUCUGCAGAAACCUCCUUUCAUCUCGAAGUGCCCGCUCUCUCGAUCUUCCUAGUCGAUGAUCUAUCCGCUGUGUCCGAGCACCUGGAUUCUACGCGAAAGGGUCAAUCUCAUACAACUCCGAUUGGUAUUGCGUAUUGGAAGGGUGCAGGCUACGCCCUUCUCGCUGAUAUUGCAGAUUUGGACCUAAAGUUUCUGCAAGUGGACGGCGGUCCUUUGCCGAACACCAGGGUCACUGUCAGCAGAGGUCGAUUGCAAGUGCAUUUCUGUGCGGACACGCUGACGGCCUUGACCGGGUUCAUCAGCGAUCUGACCACUGCAUUCCGCCCUAAGCGAGAAGUCGAGCAACUUCUGCCGAGGACGAGGAACGAACCCACCAGACUUUCAGAGUCCUCCAGCGAAGGACGAGGCCUCCUAACAUCCCUCGAUGAAGAGGCUUUCCGACAGCUGCCAGAGGUCGGCUCAGCACCCGAUAUGAUACCUGAUGACUUGCCUUCCAACCUAGACUAUCUUGACGAGUCAUUCGGUGCCGCUGCAGGUCUGCGCGAGUUGGACGACGAAUUCGAUGAAUUCGCCGUUAAUGACCCAGCGAGCUCCUCGAGUGCUCGCGCAGACCAGCCAGGCGUCAUUUCAUCCUAUGGCGGAGAAACUAUCAAGAUGCUGAGUCCUGAAGGAUUGCGCAUUAAUUAUGCACAUUUCCUGACGAUAACUCCAGAUUCCGUGGAUGGCUCGUCAAGUUAUGGCGACACCACAUUACGCGUUAGGCUGCAUGACUGCGAUGUGACGCUCUUUCUGUACGACGGCUAUGAUUGGGCUCGUACGCGGAGAAUCAUACAAGACGAGCAGAAGGAGAUGAGGAGGAAGCUGGCCAAGAUACGCCAGUUGGUCGCUAGCGGCCAGACUCCGGACCCGAGCGUCGAAGAGACGAACACGCUUCUCUUCAACUCCGUGUACAUCGGUCUAGAGCACAACGUCGAUGAACUCGAGCCCAGCGCGCUCAUAGCCGCCAUUGACGAGGAGCUCAACGAGGACCAGGAUACGGCUAGCCAGAGUUCAUGGCAGUCUCUGAAACCGCAACCGCAGUUCACCAACUCUCCAGGAAAGUCACCCGCCCAAUCGCAUCGAACUCGUCGCAAGCGCCUGAGUCGCUCGAGAGGCCCCAGCAUUGAGUUCCGUCUGUUGGGGCUGGACGUCGAGGUCGACAACUACAAGCCUGACGCAGAGCUGGUAUCGCGCACACUAGCGACUGUGCGAGACGUGGAGAUUUUGGAUCAUAUCAAGACGUCAACAUGGCGAAAGUUCUUAACGGCUUUGCGUGAAGACUCACGCGGAAAUAUCCGCGAAACAGACUCGAACAUGGUUCGCGUGGAGCUUCGGUCUGUUCAUCCAGUCCCUGGACAUCCAUCAGAAGAGGCGAGAUUGCGUGCCAAGAUUCUGCCACUAAGGUUGCAUGUAGAUCAAGACGCACUAGAUUUUUUGAAGAAGUUCUUCAGCUUCAGAGAUCCGUAUAGUGCACCUGCGCAAAGCUCAGAGCCGUCGGAUGAGAUUUACUUCCAACAAGCGGAAGUCUUUCCGGUCGAUAUUAAGCUUGACUAUAAGCCUCGUCGUGUCGACUACAGAGCUCUGCGCGACGGCAAGACUAUCGAGCUUAUGAACUUCUUCCACUUCGAUGGCGCUGAGAUGACCCUUCGUCACAUCACGCUGACUGGUAUCACCGGAUGGCCAAGGUUCUUCGACCUCUUGAACGAUCUAUGGACACCGGACGUGAAAGCCACUCAGCUGGUGGAUGUCAUCUCAGGGGUUUCACCCAUCCGCUCGGUCGUCAACGUUGGCUCCGGGGUUGCCGAUCUAGUAUUGCUACCUAUCGCGCAGUACAAGAAAGACGGCCGCGUCGUCCGAGGCCUGCAGAAGGGCGCCACCGCGUUCGUAAAGUCAACGGCAAUCGAGGCGAUCAAGCUGGGGGCAAAAUUGGCGACCGGCACGCAGGUCAUCCUGGAGCAGGCGGAGAAUGUUAUUGGCGGACAAUUCAAGGAUUCAAUUACAGCAGAAGCUCUACAGGCCUCGCCGUUUGCCGAGGAGGCUGAGGAGCCACUGACGGACGACGAGGACAUGGGUGACCUGAUUAGCAGGUAUGCGGAGCAGCCGAUGAAUGUGCAGGAGGGAAUGCAGUCGGCGUACAGGAGCCUGAGGAGAAACUUCAAUUCUGCCGCGCAGACAAUCCUUGCGGUGCCGAUGGAGGUGUAUGACCGAGAGGGUAAUGAGGGUCCUGUCCGCGCUGUGGUUCGCGCGGUCCCAAUUGCUGUAUUGAAACCGAUGAUUGGCGCGAGUGAGGCCGUCAGCAAGACCCUAUUGGGAUUGCACAACACACUGGACCCCAACGCUCGUCACGAGAACGAGGCGAAGUACAAGCAGAGAUAA